AUGGAAAUUAUAAAAAAUUUAGAUUUUUUUUCAUAGUCUUUCCAAUUCAGUUAAGGAAAGCGAGCAUUGAAAAAGAGAACAUUAUUUGGAGCUUUACUAUCUAUCUUGAUUGUGACCAUCACACUAUCUUAUUUAGUUAAUUUGUUUAAUCAGUAUGCAAACAAUAAGAUUGAACCAAAAUUUAGAUCUUAAACCUUCGCUACAGACGAUGAUGUCUAAAUUCCUUUUGUAAAUGAACUAGUUGGAUUGUAGUACAUCACUAAGAAAAAUAGUACAUUUGAUAAUUUAGAUUAAAUAGAAAAAUAAACUAAUAAGACAUACAUUGUUUAUGUCCCUCUUUAUGUUUAUCAAAUUAAUAGUAAAACAGUCUAUAGGUAGGUAUUAGAUUUGGUUCCAUGUCAAAAUCCUUAAAUUAGUGGUAAUAAAUGCAUAGAUUUAUCAAAAUUACCUAGUAACUCCACAUUUACUGGUGGGAUAAGAAAUAAAAUAAAUACUGCCAUAAGUAUUCUUGCUUAUAGAUGUUAGGAUACAGAUCCUUAUAAGACAACUGUUCCUAGUAAUUGUGCAAGCCCUAGCGAAAUAGAUAAUUUUAUUAAUAAUUCAAAUAAUAAUUUAUAUGCAUUUUUGCAUACCUCACAGUAUAACAUUACUUCAAAUGAAAUUCAAGAAAAUUACUAUAAAUACCCUUUAAUAUUAACUACAUCAUAAAUGGUAUUCACUACUUACAGUGCAUAAAAGUAAAUUACAUCUGUUUUAUCAGGUGCAAUACUCUAAUCUGAGUUUUCUUUUUCUUCAGCUAUAAGUUACUCUACAACAACUUAGUCAUUUGACUAUGCGACUACCUCUAAAAGUUUAAAUUUAAAAUGCUUUGCAAAAUUCUCUGUAUAAAUAUCGAACUAAGUGUAGUAUAUAAAAAUUUAAUAUACUACUAUCCCAGAGUUGCUAGCUAUGUGUAACAGCAUUUUUGCAGUGAUGAUGUGUUUAGGAUUUUUUGGGAGAUACAUCGCUCAAUAGCUUAUAAGAUAAGACUUAUUUCUACUAAUUUUGAAGAAUAUGUAUUCAGAAUCCUAUGAAAAACUUUUAAAUAUAAACAAGUUUCUCAGCUAAUAAAAGAUUGAAUUGAUAAAUAGAGAUAUCGAAUGUCCAGCAGAGAGCGUUGAUUGUAACCAGAAAGAAACUGAAUAAAAAGAUAUCUUUACAAAUAGCCCAGUGUUAGAAUCCAAAAGUCCUUUACAGCAUUACAUAAAAUAUGACAAUAUCCAAUAAAAGCCAAUAAGAGAUGAAGUAAUAGAAGAUAUUCUAAUAAUUUAAACCUAAGAGUAAGUUUAAAAUUAUACAGAUGAUUCAUCCAAAUUAUAAAAAAGUAAUGAAUACUUUUACAAUAAGCUAAACUAGAAUAGCCCUAAAUAAAUUUGUGUUAGCCCAUUAAUGAAUUUUAAAUCUAAGGAUAGCUCCAAUUAAAAUUGUAACAGCCAAGAAUCAUAGAUUGUUUAGAGCUUAAACCCUUUCUCAAAUAAGACACAAAAGAAAUACUUGAUUCCAUAAAAGUAAAAGGUUGUGCAAGAAAUUCAGAAAGAUGAAUAGAUUUGUGAAUCAGAGAUGUAAUAAAGUGAAGUUGAGCAGAGCUAGAUAAAGAAAUAUUAUGAGGAGAGAAUUAAAGCAUUCAAAAGCAAGUUAUAUUCUUCCAAAAUUACAAAUUAACUAUUUUAAUUUAGGCUUAGAAGGAAGAAUGAUAAGAUUAAAUCAAAUUAAUUAAACCCACAAACUAAAAUUAUUAUUGAAAAGUAAGUUGAUAACUGCCUCGAUUUCUGUGAAAUCUACAAAGAAAUAAUUUUCUUAAAGAAAGCUGUAAUGACUAUCUUAAGCAAAGACCAAUAUGCAGCUUUGUCUUUAGUGGGAUUCUCUGAUAAUCUUCCUGCUUACAUACAAAAUUUGAAUGGAUAGCCUUAGCAAAAAUAAAACGUAGAAAAUUUGAAUCACUAUGAAGAAUUAUAAACUCUCUCUAUGUCAGAUGAGCUAUAAACAUAAGAAAUUAUAAAAUUUCUAUUAAAAUGUAAAUUUAAACAAAAUUUGAGUACAUAUGACGAAAGAAUAUUUUCUUCAAUUAGCAAAAAAAUUAGCAAUUGA